CAAGAGUUGGAAAAAUGCAUGCGAUUUUCUCUCGCAGUCGGAGGGUGGUCAUCGUUGGUUCUUCUUCGCAGCUGACCAAACUGGUGAAGAAGCAGCCGACCCAGAGUCGCCAUUUCCUGACCCAUCUUCUCUCUUCUAGCCUCUCAUCUUCUUCUUCCGUCACUCGUCGCUUCGUUCCUUGUCUAUCGCGAUCGGAGAAAGUUCAUGGGUUCUUCGCAAGCACGUUCGGGAACACCAAUCUAAAGCUCAAACUCGGAAAUGUUAUGGAAUCUAGAGUAGGGUUCUUCAGUUCUGAGCUUCCUCGUGUUGGAUUAGAGUCAAAGGGUUUUACCGGUUUUCAAAAGCGUGGAUGGAAGUCUUGGAUUAAUGGAGCUAAUGGUGUAGUUUUAGGGUUGAUAGUAGCUAAUGCUGCUGUAUUCACAUUGUGGCGUGUUUUAGGCAAGGACAUACAGUGGAGGAUGUGGUUGUCGAAACAUUUUGUGCUAUCAACGUACGGUUUCACGUCUGGGCGUAUACACACGCUGAUAACUUCGGGAUUUAGUCAUAUUGGAACCAGUGACCUCAGCUUGAACAUGAUUAUACUCUACUACUUCGGAACCAGAAUUGCAAGAACCUUGGGGCCGCUUUACCUUUUGAAGCUGUACGUUGCUGGAGCACUUGGUAGCUCUGUUGUCUUCUUGAGUGGUCAAGCUAUCUUGGCUACACUCCAGGGUGAAGGAGUUGUUAUCACGGAUCCAUCAAUCCCCAUUUUUCACCUGGGCUCUAAUGGAUCUGUGUUUGCUAUCACGCUGCUCGAUAUGUGCAUCUACCCAAGAGUUACUACAUACUUUAGGUUGCUGCUCCGUGUGCCUGUACUGACUGGAAUCUUUUUUCUAGGACUCGACAUGUUUAAGAUGCUAGAGGGGAAGAGGAACAACGUCUCAUCAAGUUCGGGUCAGAUGGGAGGAGUUGUGGUUGCAGCUAUGGCGUGGAGACGGAUAAGGAAAGGCCGAUUCUGAUAAUGAUUGGGUUAUUUAAAUUUCUCCAUUGGACCUUGGGCUUGCUUCAAAAGAAUCAAUUAAACAUGAUCAUCAUACCGACCAGUUAUGUUACAUUUUGUUUUACAAAUGAGACUAUUAGUACCAUUUUUUUGUUUGAGCUGGACAUUUUGGAAACUUUGGUUCUGAUUGGAAGACUUUUGGAUUGUGGUUUAAACUGAAACCAAGAUAUCAAUUUGAUGGAACUUUUGAAUU